AAAAGGCUCUGUCAGCAACUCAAGCGGUUCACGUUGUCGUGAAUGUCUGGAACGGCAUCGACGAAAAAAGCCAAAGAGGGAGAAUCGAACCUUCACGCGGGAAAUUCAAUUGAUUUUCGGGAUAGUUUAACGUUUUCACGCUCUUCCGAGGAGGACACGCGACGGGUAGUUAACUAGAAAAGAAUAAAGCCCGAGAAGAAGGGCAGACGAUCUAUCGUCAUGCUGGCAAUGUUAGUGAUUGUUUUGGCCACUUUGUUGGUGGACCUGAGUCAGGCGGCCCUCCUGGACCCUAUGACGGUCAUGAGAGACGACAUCUCUCGGAUUAAAGUUAUGAUGGAAACAGUGGGUGAGCGAAUGGAACGCUUCAACGACCUGUACCUGAACAAGUUAGAGACGCGUUUGUUAAGCAGCGCCACUUCUCUUGCUCACAUUGACAGCAACGUCAAGAAUUUGCAGGAGAGGGCCCAUGUCUGGGACACGUUCCAGCUGCACGUCUCCGCCUGGAACGAGCAGAUCAAGUCUGUCGACAAGAAACUGGACAUCCUCAGCAGGGGAGCUGAAAAAUGGGAGAUCCUGGACGAGAAAAUGGCUACUCUGAUGCCGUUAGAUGAUCGAUUGACCAAGCUGAUGAUAAAACUAGAAGAAACGGAUGCCAGGGUGGCCGAAAUCCAGCGGAAGAUCAACACCCCUGGAGCGAACGGAGGCCUAUCGACUUCGGGUGUCGGUGAAGCGCCGCUGUUCUCUGAAUACACGAGCCGCGGGGUCCUCAGCGCAUUGAAAGACAUUGAAAUCAAAGUGAAUAAAAUCGCCACAUCAGAUCAUUCACCUGGAACUAAUCAAGAGCGAUCCGUCUUGAUCAGUGGCCGAAGAGAGGAGCUGGAACUGCAGAAGAAAACGUUCGACGUGGUCAACGAUGUGGCGGGCAAAGUCGAUUUUAUCCUGGACAAAAUGCCUACGGGUAAAAGGCAAAAUGGCGGCAAGCAACAGAUGGCCCAAUCGAUGGACGAUAAUUCGGAAGACGUUUACGAUGAUGGAGACUCGGAUUAUCCGUCUGGAUCUGCUGCUGGUGACAAUGGCGGGGCAGGACCGUCAUCCGGAAUCAAUCAGGCGGAACGAGCUUUCGUCAAACAAUGGCGUCGGAUGCUUCAGCCCGUGCGACGGGCCAAUCAACGAUUCAAUUCUUUAGACAAAGUGUUUGGCCAGCUGGACAAGAUAGCCAACGCCAGUUCGAUGGUGAUCCGGCGCGACGUGGAAAUCAGGCAACUCAAAGACGACGUGGCAGCGCUGUUGGAAUGCUGUCGAGGCAACGACGUCGGACUGCGAGGAUUAACUAGAAGCGUCGAAGCCUUAGGCGAAGCAGUUAAAGCUGGCCAAACGGAUGAGAAUCAGUGCGUGAGCGAAGCUGAUCUACAGACUAGAUUAAAGCACACUCAAUCCGAACUCAUCCGCCAGAUGGGUGACUCGUUCAAAGAGCAGAUGACAUCAGGAGUGGAACGCAUCCGUCAGACUUGCAUUGGUCAGCGGAAGAAAUCGUUGGCAAUCCACAACAGCUCCAACGGCACGAAUGUUGUCAGCGACGAAGAGUCGACGACCGAAGGCGCCAUAGCGUCGCAAGGACAAGCCACGCCUGUCGGGCCCGACACGGGUAAACGCGACACGAUGCGUAACGUAUCGAGCAGCGGUGGCAAAAUGAUUCCGCAGUCUCUGCCUUCCGUAUCAGCCCACAUUGGUCAAAGCGGAAAAAUCGGAGUUCGUGGUUGUCACGAUUUACGACUGGCCGGUGAGACGGAAACGCGCGUUUAUUCGCUGGCGUCGGGCAAAGAAUUGAACGAAGGCGGUCGCGAUUACAACACGAGGUUCUGCGACAUGACAACAGAUGGCGGUGGAUGGACGGUGAUCCAGCGGCGAGGAGAUUACGGUCUGCCCAGGGAGAAUUUCUCAGUCAAUUGGCGUGACUAUAAACUGGGAUUUGGACAGUUGGAUCGCGAGUUUUGGUUCGGCAACGACUUUAUCCACAGAUUAACAAACGAACACGACGUGGUACUUCGCGUGGAACUCUGGGACUUUGAGGACGGCCAUGUCUACGCCGAUUACGAAUCGUUCAGGGUGGACAGCGAAGAGGACCUUUAUCGACUGUGGGUCGAAGGCUACCAAGGCAACGCCACCGAUUCUCUAGGCUCUCACAACGGCUACGCUUUCAGCACUUUCGAUCGGGACAAUGACGAGGCUCCUCCCUGCUGUCCCUGCGCUCCGGCCUACGGAGGCGGUUGGUGGUUUUACAGUUGCUUUGAAGCCAAUCUUAAUGGAGAAUAUCAUUUGAAUCCAAUCGAAAACGAUUACUUCCGUGGAAUUAUCUGGGAAUUGUGGCGAGGCGAUUAUUCCCUUCGUGCGGUCGAAUUGAAGAUAAGACCUCACGAUUUUCCGAGGAUGCUGCCUCAGGUAACCACUACCACGGCGGCCACACCCUUUCCGCCUUACCUAAGUGCCGACGACAUCAUUCCCGAAGAUCCUUAACAACAACAACAGCACACUAAGCUUUAGUCUCCCCCCCUCCCCCGCUCAUUUUUCUCCCCUUUUUUUUAAUAUACUCAUCGACAUUUUACCCCACCCCUCUUUAUAUACCGCAUAAUACCCCAUCUUUUAUCUUUAAACAUUUGCCCUCUAUACCACAUUCUAGAUUUAUCUCUAUUUCAGCUAUCGAAAAGAUGAUAUUUUAUUAAUGCACACACAUUUGAAAUACAUUCACUCUUUAUUUGAUUACA